AUGAAGAUCCGCCUUUUAUCCGCAGUAAUUGCCUUACUCUGCGCCACUCACUCUGCAGCGACGCAUUUCCUGCGAAAAGAGUUUACUUAUACCGUUACGGCUGAUUUAGUUGGAUAUGGAGAUAAACCCGAGCACAUCGAUCCUCAGGCAGCAUAUUAUUGUUCCAAAACCCGCCAAUAUAGCCAAGCUUUGAUAAAUGAAGUUGUAGCAUUUUCAAAAGCUAAAUCGGUCUAUCGUUAUUAUCUUAGACCCCCCAUCAAUCUCACCAAACCCACAUAUCCUAUUCAGGUCGUCAUAGAUGGUUUCCGCGUAUACGAGAAUUUUAUAGUGCACCCUAUAUCACCCAACCCAGAAUUUUUCUAUAAUCCUAGUGUCGAAGUUAAAGAUUACGUAAUCAUGGACUAUGAGUUCAACUUUAUAACCAUCGUCUACACUUUGAUUGAACAAUGGGAAUCAGUAAUAUUUAAUCAAUGCUUUCCACUCAUUCCAACCAAACCUGUCUCGCAAGUUUUCCUCUACUAUCCAGGCUCGCCUCUUGGACUAUCAAAAGCUAUUCAACCUGACAUAGUGCCUGGUAGCGAAAACAAAAUCAUCAAUUGGGUACAGUAUUAA